GGUAAAUUCGGCCAUUGAAGCCUCAAAAGAGAGAAGAAAACAAUGUCAAACGAUUCGCGAACUCACCCUAUGGUUUUCGGGUUACCUUGGCCGGAACUCAACGACGGCAUAUUCUAUAACGACGUCGUUCCACAUUCCGAUUCCGGGCUUACUUUAGUAGAAUUUUACUCAAGGAAGUACAAACAUUCAGCUCCUUUACAAGGUUGGUUGCAGCGAAUUCAAAAUGGACAGAUAUCGGUUGAUGGAAGAGUCGUUAAAGAUCCAAAUGAGAUUCUCGGUGGUGAUUCAAUUUUAGUUUACCAUAGGCUUCCAUGGAAAGAACCUGAUGUUCCUUAUUUGCUUGAAGUUUUGUACGAGGAUGAUGACUUGAUUGCUUUAAACAAGCCAUCAGGUCUUCAAGUUUUACCCGGCGGCCUUUUCCAGCAACGGACUGUUUUGACACAGCUUUGUUGGAGCAUAAAGAAGCAGAACCCUCCCCUAAAAAGUCAAGAAUCACAUCCUGUUCCUGUGCAUCGCUUAGGAAGGGGUACAUCAGGAAUAUUACUUUGUGCAAAGACAAGAGUUUCUAAAACUCGCCUUGCAGCAUAUUUUGCUGAUGGGACAUCUCUUGUUGGAGCUAACAGUAACAGGAAAGCUGAACUUGGUGGUACCAGGAAAAUAUCAAAGAUAUACCGAGCGCUUGUGACUGGCAUACUUGAUGAAGACAAGGUUGUCAUCGAUCAGCCAAUUGGAAUAGUGCGCUAUCCCGGAGUGGCCAAAGGACUGUAUGUUGCUUCACCCUCAGGGAAGCCUGCUUUGAGCAAGGUUGAAGUUCUCGAGAGAGAUGGAAAACAAAACUGCACAUUAGUCCAGGUCGAGAUUGAAUCAGGAAGGCCUCACCAAAUACGGAUUCACCUUUCUUUCAUAGGCCAUCCUUUGUUGAGUGAUCCAUUGUAUAUUGCUGGCGGCCAGCCAAGGUGUUUUGACUCCGAGAUUGUAGAAGAAAGCUAUGCACAAGAUGGGGGGUACCUUAGGCCUACGAACCCAGUACCGGGAGACUGCGGCUAUCACUUGCAUGCACAUCGACUUGUUCUCUCACAUCCAACCACAAAUGAGAUGAUUUACAUCACUGCACCUCUUCCGUCUGUCCUUCGAACAUCGAGUGAGGCCAGUAGCUCAUCGGAAUCCAUGUCUGUUAGCUCAGCUAAGUGAGAAGAACCCUCGGUUACCGGCCUUUUCUACUACGUAGUACGUACCCGGUAACGCCGGCCUUUUAGACUACGUACCCAGUAAAAUUUAUUUUUCAUCGUUUGAUUUAAUUCAGGUCAUUCAAAGUUCGAGUUAACAUACGAAUAUUAACUUCAAAUUUUGGAAAUUAGUACGUGUGAACAUACGAAUAUUAACUUCAAAUUUUGGAAAUUAGUACGUGUGAACAUACGAAUAUUAAGUUCGAGUUAAAAUUAAGUAGAUUUGUUCUUA